AUUGACAGCAAUGAAUUCUAGCAGCAGCAGUAGUAGCAGUAGUAGCAGUGAUGAUGGUGAUAGAGGGUUUAGAGAACAGUAUGGGAACACACAGCUAUCGUCUGUUUUUGGUGACGGCAGUGCUGCACCAAUGCCAUCUGCCAUGUCUGUAGGCAGCAUCGACAAUGGGCUCACUCCACUUGGACUCCCUCUUAACCAAUCAACUACUAAACUAUCCAGCAAUACCUUCAACUGUCCUGGGUCGUCUGCUUCCUUGCAGACUUUGUCGUCCAUGGCAUCAAGUCUUGUAGCAAGUCCGUUUGCUUCAAGUAAAAGUAUACACCUUGGAAACUGCGACAGACCACCGCUACCUCCCAGCAAUCUGUCUAUUGCAUCAACUAGAUUCCACUCAUACAAAGCUGAUGGCAACACCACCAGUGCAUAUAGCACUCCUGGGAAGCAAAGUGGAUUGAGAUUAAAUAUGAGUAUGAACAUCACUGAUGCCUCUGCUACUGACGCUGGCUGUGAGGCUCCUGUAUAUUCUAAAAUGGUGGGAUUUGGAUGUGAGAGUAUGAGUGGAGGUAGCGAUCUAGGAAGUCCCAUGAGCAUUGGUUCAAUGGAUGAAUCUCCGUUUAGCAUCAAUCGCAAAAGUCAAAUCCGUCGUCAAACAUCAUAUGCUCUGUUCAGUAGAACAUCGGCCCCUACUACCCCUACUGCAAACCGUCGUAUGAGUCUAGAUUUCGGUGACGGCCUUGCUAAUAACGGCAUUCUAUCUACGCCUGCACCUAAAAGCAUUCACCGUAUCUUGGACAGUCUUAAAAAAGAAUCCAGGCCAUUUGAAUCCGAGAUUGAACACGAACGAGUGACAAACACUGAAGUUGCCAAGAUAUUCGCAGAUCCACAAUCACCUAUGCAAAUGGGUUCUGUCACUCCACCAGAUAUUCCUGGAUCUUCUAUUUACAUUGAAGGGGAAACCGUAUCUAUUACUCCUCGUACCCCUAUACCAGUAUCCCAACUAAAAGAUCCGCUAAUUUAUUACUCUCAAACAUCAAAACUUAAUCCAGAAAGCAGCUUUUUAUCAAGGCGAGAGCAAUCUACCUCACCAUCAUCUCCGCUGCUCCUUUGCACAAGAAGUAAACGGAAACUAUCGACAACAGAGUUUGUUUUGGAUCGAAUUGAAGGAACACGUUCAGUUAAACGUGCUUACCAUCGUCUUCCUUCCUCACCGCGUACUCUUGUUUCUCCUUCGACCAUAUCUCUAUGCUCAUCGGGUUCGCAUGUUAUUCCCAACGCACCUGCGCCUGUGCGUCCAGCAUGUCUACCCUCCAACGCCCAUCUCAAUGGACUUUUCACAUCUAUGAUUCAUGGUCAGGUAGGACACAUGGGACGUUCACGAUCAGGAAGCGGAUCUAGCAUAUCCAGUAUGUCAAGUAUGAUUUCUGAUCGUACGCAUACCAUGGUACCUGCUACAUCAUACAUGGCUAUGGAUCGCACAUCUAGUUUAUUGGGUGGUUCAUUGGGAGCCCAUACGAUUCCAAACUUUUCACACCAGAUUUCAUCAUUAGAACCUGGCACUAUGCAUGACAAUAAGGGGAUUUCAGACUUGGAACAAUUGUCUGAAUCGGAACCUAUUCAACCCCUGUUUUUUUCACAAACUAACCCAAUGUUGCAUACUUCAAUCCAUGUAUCAAAUCAGUCGGGAAAUUCCAUGCAUACAUCUCCUAAACAUGUUGGAUAUUCUCGUCCUGGUGUUCCCAUGCUCAAUUUGUCGGGUGCAGGAACGGAUUUUUCACGUAUGUCAUUGUCAGAUGAAAACGUACAUAAAUAAAUGUUAUGAAUCACUCGU